GUGGUUAUUUGUUACGUGAAGUUUGGGCGAGACAGGCACACAUAGCAAUAGCUUUUCCUAUAUUGUUUUUUUGAUAACCGACCGAUGCCUGGCCUGCAUAAUUGCCUGCGGUUGGUGAAGAGAUGCUGCAGCUGCCAGAAGGGGAUCUGCAGGGUCUGAUAAGGAUAGACAUGGGAGGUUUUGGCGUUAUAUACAGAGGAAGGAGCCAGACUCUUGGAAUGGAUAUCGCACUAAAGACUAUUUUGAGAAAAGAUUUAGACAGUCUCAAGAAGGAGAAAGAGAUUAUGCACAGAGCCAGUUAUACAUAUGUACUUCGGCUGCUUGGAAUCUAUGAGAGGAAGGGAACAAUAGAAUAUGGCUUAGUUAUGGAGUACAUGCCCAAUGGUUCCCUCUACUGCCUUCUGAAUAAAUACAGUAAAUCUAAAACAGAGGUUCCUUGGGCGCUAAGGUUUCAAAUAAUCCACCAGGUGGCGCUGGGCAUGAAUUAUCUUCACUACCUAAGUCCUCCUAUAAUUCAUCGUGACUUAAAACCUGGAAAUGUUCUACUAAACAAGUCCUUAGAUGUCCAGCUGACUGAUUUCGGCUUGGCAAAAAAUGUAGGUUCAGAAACCAGCUCUAUGGAUGUUAAAGGCACUUUGGCUUACAUACCUCCUGAAGCCUAUCAAAAAGAUUACAGACCAACAAAAAUGUUUGAUGUUUUCAGCUUUGGCAUCUUAAUGUGGUCAGUUGUGUCAGGUCAGGAGCCUUACCGUGAUGCUCCUAAAUUCCUAUGUUCGGUACUCCAUAAUCAGAGACCAGAUUUAAAUUUGGUUAAUGAAAAACAGAAGAUGGUACCUCAGUGCAAGGAACUAAUGAUUAAAUGCUGGAAUGGCGUUGUGAUUUUGCGUCCUACCUUUCAGAAAUGUAUACAGCAGACUGAGGUUAUGAAUAAAGCAUAUGAGGCAGAGACUGAAAGCGCUGUGCAAGAAGUUAAACAUUUUCUCAAAAAUUAUUCUUAUGAGCAAAAGGAAGUUGAACCAGACAGCGCCUCCGAGUCCAUUGUGACAAGUGAAUCUUUUCAUAUCAGCAUUUUUAAUGAUUCUCACACACAAGCACAAGGAGAGGACCAACAGCUGAAUUCUUGUGGAGUUAUAACCAGUCGUAUUCCAGCUGACCUUAAAGCUGUAGAAUUCUUAGAAAAGAAAAUUAUAGCCAUUAUUAAAGCCGAGCCACCCAUGACUAUGAUAUUGGAAGGUCUACGUUCUGAAAGGAUCAUAAACCAGGAAGAGCAGCGCAGUAUUGAGUGCUUACAGCCAGAAAUGGAGCAAGUCAGAGCAACUAUACAUGCAGUGAUAAAAAAGGGAAAAUUCAGCUGUCUUAAAUUUCUUCAGCUUUUGGAAAAGACCAAUUCCUCACUUGUGGAACAGUUGUUUGCUGAAACAAAGUAAAAAUUACAAUACAAGCACCAGGAACCCAGACUUCUAUCCUGAAGAAUGUAGGCAAUAGAUAAAUGAAAAGUGGACCGCACUAUGGGAUGUAAAAAAAAGUUUUAAAGUGAAAAAAGGCAAAACAUUUUUUUAGCCGUGGGCUGCUGUAGCAGCUAAGAACAGCGAUCGAUUGAAACAAAUAAAGGAGCUUUCUACACGAAGUAUCUUAGACUUCAUGAAUGAAAGUCCCCUUUAUUUGUUUCCAUAGUCAAUCCUUGCAUUUGUAAAAUGCUAGGAUUUACUUUCACUUUAAGAGUAAUUUUCUAUAUUAUUGUGUUUUCCCUUUCAACAAAAACAAUAGAUGGUGUCAUUGUAGUUUGGAAUGGACUAAAGGCGACCUGAGGGGGCGAAAUGAGAGCGGCAGUUAAAGUGCCAAUUCUACCCCUUGUUUGUGGGGAAAAACACAUGGUGCUUUUGUAUUAGAACUGUAUCUUGCCAACUCCUGGCUUUUUUAUAAAUUGGUUGAUCAAUUUAUUACACUGGUUUUCAAACUUGUCCUCGGGCCUUCCCAACAGGCCAGAUUUUCAAAAUUACCUUGAAUGAGAGCAAGUAAAAUAGCCAUGUUUACUAA